GGGAGGAAAACGAAAUAAGCGUUUUCCUCUCUCCUCCCUAAAGCAUCUCGGCGUGGGGGAAUCUGGGAGAGUGGGCAACUCAAACGCAAAGUUGACGAACUUUGCACAUCUUUUGCAAACGCCAUUUUGAUUCCUCUCCGGAACAACUUUUGCAGCUUCUUUCUUUUCUUUUUUUUCCUUUCUCUCUCAUCAUCACCAUCAUCAUCAUCAUGUCUCGGCGAAAGCAACCCAACCCCAACAAAGUCAAACUGUGAGCAGUGGUUGCUGACACUCGAGGUGCUUCUUCCAACACCGAACGGCAGCAGAGUAAAACAGCCUCGCUAUGGAAAAUUCAACAGAAGAGACGAGAACAGAAUCAGCUAAUUGCAGCCUUACUGGGGAAGAGGAGGCGGAGCAAAGUGAUGAGCACCAGAGCCCCGCCCCCACAGAAGCACACACAGAGGGUUCUGCUGGCGUAGAAGAGGAAGGAAACGAAUGGGAGAAUGGACAGAAUGACGCCGACGGAGAGAUGGAGGCAGUAGAUGGAGUGGACUUGUCCCCCAUAAACUCCAUGAUGAGCACAGUGAUGAAAGCCGCUCAGCUGAACGGGGACGUAGACUCCGCCCACACCACACCCAAUAAGGUGCCCGCCAAAAGCCCCGGCACCAACCGCAGCGGAAGAAAGAACCAGGAAGCCAAAGAUGAGAGCGGGUGUAUUGUCUGUCCUCUGUGCGAUAAGGGCUUUCAGAACCAGCACCAGCUCACUAUGCACAUCCGCCAGCACAACACUGACAGCGGGACUGCAGACCACUCGUGCAGUAUCUGCGGGAAGUCUCUGAGCUCGGCUAGCUCUCUGGACCGUCACAUGCUAGUGCACAGUGGAGAGAGGCCCUACAAAUGCUCCGUAUGCCAUCAGACCUUCACCACCAACGGCAACAUGCACAGACACAUGAAGAUCCAUGAGAAGGACUCUGCCAGCUCCAUCCCCAACAGUCCGACUCUGUCCCCAACUAAGCGACGGCGUUCCUCCACGGCCAAACGCAAACUAAGUCAAGAUGAAGACAGCGAGAAGACCGAGGAGCCGUCCAACAAAAAGGUGCUGGAGGACAGUGGACCAGAUGAGCAGGGAUCGAGCAAAGGACAGGACGAGCUCUUGACCUGCUCGAUUUGCUUCAAGAACUUCACCUGCAAAAAUGACUAUGACGCCCACAUGGAAAUCCAUCCCGACACUACAUUAAGAUGUGAUUUAUGUUGCGUCUCCUUCCGGACACCUCGAAGUUUGCUUCGCCACAAUGCAGCUACCCAUAAGCAGCUACCCACAGACCCAAGUGGACGACCCUUCAUUCAGAACAAUCCAUCCAUCCCUCUUGGCUUUAAUGAUCUGGCUUUCAUUGACUUUUCAUGCCACAAGUUCCCUCGUAUUGCCCAGAUUUGGUGUGAAACAAACCUUCGUCGGUGUACUGGCAAAUUCCAUCGUUUUGUAUGCGACUCGUGCGAUAAGGCAUUCCCUCUUAGCUCAGCUCUAGACUUACACAAAGCCUCACAUGAGGAAUCCAGUGGCACCCAAGAAACAACUUCACCCUUAGUUAUGAAAGAUGAUCUUCCCAAUACUGACAAAAGCAACUUUAUGGACUUCCUGGGCUUGCAGCACAUCUCUCAGGUCAAGCCUGCCCCUUCAGAAGAGGAUGCCCAGCAGGCCAAGCUAGAUAGCAUCCGGGUUAUUCACGUGGAGCCGAAUCAGUCCACCGUACCUCAGGAGCCUGGUCUUGUUGGAAGUGUUAACCUCUCUCUUGUAGACCCUACGACUCUUCAUGGUUUGUCCCACCAAGAGGCUCUCAAACUGUUGUCCCUACAGCCAUUCCAGACUGGCUUUCUGGUGCAGCCAGACGGUGGUAUGGUGGUGAAGCCCGUUUGUGGUGAUUCCAGCACAGAACUUGCAGAUAUACAGCAAAUACUCAAAGUAGCUUCAGCUGCUCCAAACCAGAUUGCUCUUCCACCUUUAUCCAAGGCCCCAUGUAGUACUGGACAGUCGGGCUACAAGCAGAUGCCCCCACUCAAGCCAAAACCAUUGGUGGCCCCCAGAACCAGCAUGGUAGCUUCAACUCCACCGCCUCUAUUGAACACCCAACAAGCUUCACUGGGCUGUAUCAGCCCUAGCCUUCCACCCCCUGCCAGCCAUCCUAUCAAGGUGGCAAGGGAGAACUCUUCAUCUCCCUCAUCCUCUACUGCCAACAACCAGGCUCCUGCAGAAAGAAUACAAAUGGAGGCAGAGUGCAUGGGAGAUGCACAUACUCCGAUGGAGAUGGAUGAAAGACAUAUCAAGCGGGAGAAUAGCAAGAUGGAAGAGACCACUGGAAAAAAGGGAACAUCUCAAAAAGGCUCAUACCCCUGUCGAUUUUGUGACCAGGUCUUUGCAUUCUCAGGUGUGCUCCAGGCACAUAUGCGUUAUCAUUUGGGCAUCCUUCCCCACCAAUGUAAUAUAUGUGAUUAUGUUGCACCAGACAAGGCAACACUGAUCCGUCAUCUGAGAACACACAGUGGUGAGCGACCCUACGUCUGCCGGCUCUGCCUUUACCCGUUUACGGUCAAGGCUAACUGUGAGCGUCACCUCCGCAAAAAGCACAUGAAAAGCAGUCGCAAGGAGAUUGAGAAAAACAUUAAGUAUGUUACCUCAUCCACGUCCACAUCAGAUGUCGUUGAGCAGGCUGGCACCAGUGAAACUACCUGCCGCUUCUGUGGUGAAGACCUAAAGACCUUUCGGGCCCUGCAGAUUCACCUGCGCACACACAACGGCUGCCAGCGAAAGCCAUAUGAGUGCAAGCGUUGUGGAGCAGCCUUCCUGGCCAAACGUAACUGUAUCCAUCAUCUUCUGAAGCAACAUCCAGAGAUCCAAGAGCAGGAUAUUGAAGACCACAUAAUCACUCUUCUAGCUCCAUCUUCCCAAAAUAGCCCAAACCCAGCUCCUCUCAAUGGUGUUUCUCCUAACAAUGUGGUACAGCCCAUCAAGGUGGAGGACCUUAGCUUCUACACUGUAGAUAUGGAUCAACCACUGGAUUUUUCUAACAAAAGUCGAGGGGCCAACAACAAUGCUGGAAGUGUAAGUGGAUCACCUGGGAUCAAAAUUGAACCUGUCUCUUUUGACUCUUCCAUGGAGCCCAUUGACCUCUCUAUUCCUAAGAAUCCUGUGAAGAAGCUUAAACAAGACAUCGAGGCUGCUUUGCCAAGAGAGGUUAAGAAAGAACAUUCAUCUGUUAGCAUUCUUGCAAAGGCACUUCAGGCUGAUAAGUCCAUUGAUGAAAAGUCCCAACCGCUUGGGUGCUACCAGGUUCCUGUAGCUUUGACCUCUCUUACUGGUAGCACUAGCGCUGCAGGAAGGCCCUUGCGUCUAAAACCCCUGCUUCCUAAACCUUCCUCUGCUGCUGUGAAAGAGCUUCCACCACUAGCAUCCAUUGCUCAGAUCAUCUCCUCUGUGUCCGGUGCCCCUGACCUUCUAAAACGUGACAACACUAAUAGUAUUAAGGCUAAUUCUGAAACACCUGCCAAGCAGGAAUCACCAGAUACCCUAAAAGAGGAGCUUUCAGUAGUGAUCUCUAAAAAGAGGACUAGGAAAAGGCCCUCCAACAGCAUAGGAAAAGAGAAACCUGUGAUGAAUGCCCCAGACCUGAGUAUUGAUUUGGAGUCUAGUGGGGAGUUUGCUAGUGUUGAAAGAAUGCUGGCAAACACUGACGCUAACAAGUUCAGCGCCUAUCUUCAGACCAACACAAUUGAGUUGGCAAGAAAAGGCAGGCAGCAGCCAGGUGCUGGUGACGAGAAAGAGAUGAAAGAUGAGAAACACUUGCCAGCCCAGCAGACUGUUCAACAGUCUAAAGGGAAGAAAAAUGCUUACUCGAAUUCCGUGCAGAAGAUGAUUUGCCCAUUUUGUCCCAGAGUUUUUCCUUGGGCCAGCUCGCUUCAGCGCCACAUGCUAACACACACAGGUCAGAAGCCAUAUCCUUGUCCCCAAUGUGAUGCCUUCUUCUCAACCAAAUCCAACUGCGAACGACAUCUUUUACGCAAGCAUGGCAUUUCCAACCGAGUGCUUAGACGCAAUGGUGUAAUACCCAAGCCUAAAGAUGCAGACGAUGGCUCACCAGAAAGUGCAGAUAGCACAUCUGAGACAGAGCUUCCUAUGGGUGAGGCAAUGGAUCUAACAAGUUCAGACCCUGAGAAGUCUGUAGCAUCUGAUGCUGAGAAGCCAUCACCAGCCAAACCUACAGAGGCAGCUGUGGUAGAACCUCUUCUUCAAAAAGAGGAUGACAAAACAUCCCUCGAGUCUUUGAAGCAUAACGACACAGAAAAAGAGGAUGACUAUUCAGAUAGCAUCAAGACCCUUGACUUGACCAUUGUCUCCAAACCAAAGGACGUCAAGAUCACUGAGAAGGAGCAGCCACAGUCCUCCCCUGCAGCAGAUGAGAACAUAUCCGAAAAAGCAAAACCUCACGAGGAGUCUAAAUUUACCUGCAAAAUAUGCAAGAAGAGUUUCCGUCACGCUAACACCCUCACCAGACAUGAGAAAGCUCACCAGCUGGACAUAAUACAAGACUCUGGUGUUGCUAAUGGACAAAACCUCACAAAAUCAGAUGAUCCCAUUGUGCCUUGUGAAAAGAAAGAGGUUACAGAAGACGAAGUGGAGAGCAUAAGGAAGGGUAAAGCUGAGACCGAAGGAAAUGGCAGUGUGGUGGAAAGUGGGCCUGAUGAGGAUAAAGAGGAGAGGAGUGAUGAUGAGGAACCUACAACUGAACCAAAGAGUGCUGAGAGAGAGCCUGGUAGCAAACCGGACAAGAGGAAAAAGGUGUGCAGUAUAUGCAACAAACGCUUCUGGAGCCUUCAGGACCUGACUAGACACAUGCGUUCGCACACAGGUGAGAGGCCCUACAAGUGCCAGACAUGCGAGCGCACCUUCACCCUCAAGCACAGUUUGGUCCGACAUCAGCGAAUCCACCAGAAGCUGCGCGGAGUGGAUAGUGAUGGUUCCACAUGUGGAGCUGCAGGGGGAGCGGACGAGGAGGGCUUCAGCGGGCGUUCGGCCAGCGAAAGCGAAUGCACACCCACCAGCACAAACCCACCUUCUGAGAACGAAAGUGAAAUGACAGACACUGUGAAGGGGGAACCAACCUCGUAUGAGAACAAGGGAGAAACCGUGGAUGCAGAAGAGUAUAAUCAGAGCUCUGAGACGGGACCUGCAACAGAGACACCCAAAGAAACUCCAGCAGAGGAUUCUCUAGCCACAUCAGAGCCAGGAUUCAUCCAAGGAUUACUGGAGAUCCAUACCAAGCCCACUACUGAGCACAUUUUGCCCACCUCCGAGCCAGCGCUUCUGGAAGUGGAGUGAAGAGCGACUCUUUCAUCGUGUAAGCAUUGUGCUGCAGAAAAGACGCAGUGCCAUAUAACAAAGUCUAGUACAUUGCAUUGAGAAAAAAAAGAAGCAAUGACUCUUUCCAAGUGCCUUUCUACUAUUUUUUUUUUUUUUUUUUGCUAUAUCUUUAUCAGCAUUUAUCUUGAUCUAAAGUUGAUUUUUAUAGUAUUUUACAAUGAUCUUUUUUGUGUGUAUGUGUGUGUGUGGAAUCCUGAGAGAACUACUUCAAGCAAUAUAUGAACAAAUGAACGCAUUGUACAGUACAGCAACGGUGAAAAUCUGAGAUCAACAGGAGGACUUCUUUCUACUGAGAGGCUCGCAGCUGAGCGCAUAACUGGAAUACGCAACUUGUUCAUCAUAGGGGCUACUUCAUGGCUCGUCCUCCUCCAGUUUGCCAGUAGCUUAAUUCCAUUUAAUGACAGAUGUUCCAGAGUCAUUGUUUUAUCGCAAUAAUGAGCUGUUCUGGGUGCUGUGUCAUGUAAAGGAAACUUUGUUUGGUUUCAAGCAAAGAUUUUGAGGGUCAUCCUUGGGAAAAGGUGUUCAAUAGCUAUCUUAUACAAUAUAUGGGCAAUGUUUGCCCCCAAAAAAGCUGUCCUUAGCAUUAGUGUACCAUUUGUGGCAUGAAAGGAGGGUUUUUUUUAAUGAGAGAAGGCCAUGUUUUUAACUUAAGGGCUUGAGAAUCUGAUCCUAAAGCUCGGUCUCAGAUACUUAAAGGUGUAUUUCACCCAAAAAUGAAAAUGUACUCAUUAUUUACUCACCCUAAGUGGUUCCAAGCCUUUCUAAGAUGUUAAUUUGGACUGUAAUACUAUGGAAGUUAAUGGUUACAGGUUUCCAACAUACUAAAAAAAUUAUAUAGGAAAGAAACUUUGAAACAAGGGUGAGUAAAUGAUGAUGAAUUUUAAUUUCUAGGUAGAACUAUCUCUUCAAAAUCUCAAAAAUAAAUCCCUAAUAAGGAACUAAAGGCGGCUUGUGAUUAAUUCUGAUGUACUUGACGCACCUGCCCAGGGUUACAGUCUUCCAAAAACAUCUUUUUAUCUAAGCCUUACCUUUUCCGCUGAGCUUUGGCUGGCUGGUGAACUAUAGACUUAAUGGUGUACUUGAACCCCGUCGCCCUGCUGCCUCCUGCCAGGAUCAGUCAAUCCUGCACACAUGUCAAUCACACACUCUUUUGUAGCAUUGGAUCUCUCAGUUUUAUGAACUUGUGUUGUAAAGAAACCAUGUACGUGAAACCUCAAAGGCCACGGAGACUGUUUGAAAUCUUCAAAUGUUAGUCUCCUGAUAUCCGUCUAUGAAACGCAGCGAUGAAUAUUCAACCAAUAGUGUGGGAUUUUUGAAUUGGCCUCUCAUUAGAUUGGAUGUCAGGUUGGUUGUGUGCGCCCCCUAGUGGUGAAGAUCUAACAUCUCGACUUGUAGUAUUGGAUGAACUUGAAUGCAAACGCAAUCGCUUUCUCAUGUCUGUGUAUUUCCAGGACUUCUGCUUCUCCCGAUGCCUUUUCCUGGGUUCAUGUGAGUGUGUUUUGUGUUGGUUGGUUGUGCGUGGAAAUGCGACGAAUGCUCACAGUGACUGUUUUUAAUGUAUUUAUUAUGACCCAGUGUGGGGUGAAGAAGUAAAUGUGGAGAAGCCAUGUAUUAACACGAUUAUGCUGCAUAAAAGAUGAUUCAAAUUCAAUAAUUAGCUUCCCGGAGUUGAUCUGGGUCUUCGAUGAUAAUAAUCACUUUGAUCCGAAAGCUUUAUGUAGAACUUUGUAUGCAUUUUUUUUAUUUUUAGGAUGUGUGGUCUGUUAUCUUUAUUAUAUUAUUCUGAUUAUUUCAGUUUGACAGAGAGAUAUACAAGUUGUUUUCAUUGAUAUAUUCUUUUGCAUAUAAAACUGUGAAAUUUACUGUUAUUGUGCUUUGGGUGAACCUGUAGGGUAGUUGUUUUUGCAUGUUGUUCAGUUAUAAAUGAUUUUAUUUUCUGUUUUCGCCCCAUCUGCCGCUCUCUCUCACUCUCAGGGUUCAUACAAAUGGCUUUCUCAAAUCAUCAUUUCCCUUUGCAUAAUCUUUCUCUUCACCUUUGAUUUCUGAGUAUGUCGAAUCGUCAAUCACUACUUUUGUUAAGCACUUGACUGUGAAUUCAAACGAACAGGGUGGAGUUAUCAAGAUCCACAUUCCACUCAUGGGUUUUCUACAAGACUUGUUAUCCUUUUUUCCUUUUUAAAAUAAUCCUCCCUGCGUCUUUGUAAAAAAUGCAGAGGAACGGAGACCUCACUGUUUGACCGAUGUAAUAAAAGGGAGCAUUGUGUCGCUGCUACAUCCCCAAAAAUAAUUCUACUGGACUUGAAUGGAACCAGAAUCACCGGGACGUUUUUGGUACACUACUCUUGUUCUUUGAAUGAGUGCUUCAGAAUCAGACAUUUAAGCUGUUCUGUAUCAAAACUAUUCAAGCAAUAAAGAUAUAUUAAAGAAA